CAUCCGAUCUUGCAUAACAGAAGAGUAUUGAUAGAAUAAUAGUCUCGUUUUAUUUCCUGUGUUACGAUAUUUCUCUCGCGAUCCAUUCCAACUGGUGCGUUUGUUUCGUUCAAUCGAUUUUCGAUAAUUGUGUGCGUCUCGUGAAUUCGACAGUAACAAUUUGUUGAUGCAGACUACAUGUGGUAGGUAAAACUAUUGCGGAAAGUUCAGCGUUCAUGAUAUGUUUACAUAAAAUUAACAGUAUUCGUGAAAAUGAGGGACGUUCAUCCCAGCUCUCUUGUGGAGAGCCCUCACAAACGCAAACAGCCAACGGAUGCACGAACGUCCUUUUCUGGCAACCGUGGAUGCCUCGAUCUCGCCGUCCCGCAUUUUGGUUCGAUCGGUCCCUAGAGAGCGCCGGCUUCCUUGAGCAAUCCCUCCAGCCUUCCUUCCUCGCUGAGCUUGACGACGCCCCCCAUCGGGCCGUCGUUGCAGCCCCCCACGAAUUCCUGGCCGAUCCAGACGGCCGGGACGGAGGUCCUGCCGAUCAGGUCCCCCAGCUCGGCGCGGAUGGCCUUGCCGUCGGGAUCCACGUCGAGCUCGACGACGGUGUAUUCCGCACCGAUCCCGUCCAGGACCCCCUUGGCCUUGACGCAGAACGGGCAGGUCGUGAAGGAAAGCAUCAGGACCGGGUUGGCCUCGAUGAGGCCCUUCGUCCGGGCCCGGACGGCCUCCGCGUCGUAGUCGCCCGCCAGCGACUUGACGAGCUUCUUCUUUCCGUCGUUCAGGAGGUCGAUAAUGUUCCCGACCCCGACCGACGUGCUCGAGGACUCUUGGCAAGCGGUGUCCCUGCGGAGGGGGCCCGGGGCAAAGCUUGCGGCCGGACCGGCGAGGAGGGCCAGGACGGAGAGGAACGAGGCGAGGAGCAGGGGUUUGGUGGAGCGGAGGGCGGUCAUGGCGUCGGAGUGUUUUUGGCAGGGAAAAAAGUGUGAUUCUCCCGAGUCUUUCGAUGGGAUUCGAGUGAAUCGAUGAAAUUCUUUGUUGUCCCUUGGGUUUGCGAACCGUACAACAGACAACAGCACACCAUCGUAUCUUAGGUACGAGAUCCCUCCUGUUGUACGAAGUAGUAUUGUAUUGUAUUAGUCAUCUGUCGCGAUCUCGUCAUCAGAACCUCCAACAACCAAGAGGAGUCAUUCCAUGCGUGGCAGACACACGACUGAUAUAGGUUUCUUCGAAUACGAGCACGACUGGUACGGCGAGUACGAGUACGUCCACCUACGUUUCGUAAAUACUUGUACUUUACACAGUACUUCGGUACUACUGUAAAUACCUAUAGGUAUGUUCAUAUCCACAAAGGUAUGAUCAUACACACAUAGUUACGUUCGUGGUUUCAGACCGGAGAGUGGAGUACGAGCUCAAGUUUCCUGUACGACCGUACGUACGAUGUACGGUAGCAAUUGGGAACAACGCAACGACGACAACGAAAGCAACAACCACCAACAUCGGCUCGUUACCGGCUGCACAAACAUCACCAACAAAGACACCAACUUUGGGAAAGCCGAAGAUCUUUUUCUCUCACACCGACACCGCACAAGACACCGAGAAAUCGUUUUGGCGCUUGUUUCCGAACUCGAAUUCGAACGAAAGAAAACGAAACAAAGGACCACGAUCCAGUAGUAUCCGCGUUGCCAAAAAAGAACGGGAUGAGCCGCCGACCCCCCGGCAGCCGGUGGGGGAACAGCGGCGGGGGCGACCGCUCCGGGCGGUGGGACCGCUCGGACCGACACCGCGAUCGGAAUCCGCGGCAAGACCGCCCGGAAAGGCAGAAACCUUCCGUAUCGGACGAGGACGCCCUGAGGGCCCUCCUGGGGUCCGCCGAGGAACGAUCCAGGGAGCGGGAGGGAAGAAACCAACACCACAACCAACACCGCGGCGGCGGGAGAGGAUCCGGGAGGGGGAGCAGAGACAGCGAUUUCCGCGGCAGAGACAAACCGUCUAGGUCCCGAUGGGGCAACAACGACAACAACAACGACAACAACAACAGCAACAGGAACAACAGCACCGCCUACGACCGCAAACGCCAGCGGCCGACGGAGAGCGAGGGCGAUCGGGAUCGGCACCGGCCGCGGGCCGAUUACUACGGCCCUUCCAGGGUGGAAGACGAAACCGAGGGAAGCGAGCCGGCAACCGCGGAGGGAGGGACCGACACCAAGGCCCCCCCGGAAUUCAAGCCCAACUUUGGGCUCUCGGGGGCCCUCGCAAAGGACACCGAGACGGGCAACGUCUACAAGGGCGUCCUCCUCAAGUUCAGGGAACCCCCCGAGGCGCGGGCGCCGAACACCCGGUGGAGGUUCUACGUCUUCAAGCCGACACCGAAGCCGAACCACGAAAGAAGCGACCGAACCAGCAGAGGCAGCGCCGAAAGCGACCUCGUCGACACCCUCCACGUGGGCAAGCAGUCCGCCUACCUCUUCGGCCGCAACACGGACGUGGCGGACGUUCCCCUGCUGCACCCGAGCCUGUCGGGCCAGCACGCCGUCCUGCAGUACCGGGGGGUCCUUGCCCCCCCCGACCGGCCGGGGGGGCCCGGGCGGACCGUGUGCAAGCCCUACCUCAUGGACCUGGAAUCGACCAACGGGACCUUUCUCAACGGCGUCCGGAUCGACCCCGCCCGGUACUACGAGCUGAAGAAGGGGGACGUCCUCACCUUUGGAGCGUCCACGAGGGAGUACGUCCUGCUGACCGAGAACACCACGGCGGUGGAAUGACGGAAGGGCAAACCAAGGCCAAGCCAAUUCAAUUCAAGCCAAAACGAAUCUUGCAUUGCAUCGGAUCGGAUGGGAUGGGAUGCAGAGGUCACCGGUUCUCUCUGGAAUCACCCAGCGCCACAAACUAUUUUGCGUAACCAAUGAAGCAUUGUAGAAGCAAUUCGACGAGAAAAUUAAGGUUGUAUUUCCAAUCCAAUCCAAUCCAUUCCAAGGAUGACAAUCACACGGCUACACAAAUGCUCAGCCAAACAACCGCAACUCUCAUCGAACAAAACAUAAAUUGUAGAGUUAUUU